AUGUUAGGCCCAAAAGAAGAAGAGGCCUUCUUCGCUGCAAGGGUUUCAUGGGAUGAGCCUGAAGUUCUGCAGAAUGUGAAGAGAGUGAGCCCCUGGCAAGUUGAGUAUGUUGUGGCCACACCGCCACUGUAUUCAGCACUUCCCCCUGCAAAGAAAUUGAGAGUCCCUCAGGAUACUGCAUUGCUAUCUGAUGGAGAUGGAGAGCUCUUCUUUCCGAUAACAGGGUUAAGUAACUCAAUGCUGGGGCACUUGAAUCCAUCGCUGAGGAAUUAUUCUUUUCCUGCUGGCAUGCAGGGAGCCAGGCAAGAUCAAAUUUGUGUGUUUGGUUUAUCCAAUUACAUAAGUGAAAAUACCCAUCAACUUUGCACUGAUAAUCUUGUUUACAACGUGACCCCAAAGUUGAAAACUGUCUCUACUGAGCUGAACAUUUGCAGUUCACAGUCAGACAACUUAUCACCUGAUAGUCAGAGUAGUAUACAUUUCUCCAGUGGAGAGGCAAUUGGAAAAAGGGGCUGCAACUCUUCAAGAAAAGUAGGUAUUAGUUCAUUCCAGUUGUUUGGUAAGGUUAUCCAUACGAACGAGCCUAUUGAAAGCGGUUUCGAUGAUGUUGCUUACACAGAAGACGGAGGCAGUAAGGUGUACAAAGAAGUGUCCAAGAGCCUCAGCUGUUGAAGCAUGUUCCUUAUGAACUAGUUGCUGCAUCUAUAUUCUCAGAUUAGAAGCUGUACAGGUACUUGAGCAGGCAGGAAGCUGACCCGUAAUCUGACUGGCAGUAGUGAUUUUUCUGUUUUGGUUUGUUUAGCUUGUAAUGUUGGAGAUUUGAAACCAUUGUGGACUUAGCUACUUAUGUUUAAAUUCUAAAGAUAGAUUUCUCUGAGAACUUUACAUAAUGUCUUAGAUUUCUUGAUUCUUUACUUAGCUCGUAUAUUAUGAAUUGUUCUACACUGGCUAAAGGAAAAUGAUUGUGGGUGUCCUUAUAGGUGAGGGAAGAUACCUGCUUGUAAAAUGUAGUUCUGCAAUGUUUCCUGAACCAAUCUGGUUGUGAAUGA